CGUUGUUUGUUUUUGUUUAUUCUCGUCUCUCGGGCGCACAGUGCGGUUUGCUCAUUUCGCGAAAGUAUUUUCGCAACAUUAUUCCGGAUUUUCCUCAGAAUAAAUCUAGAAAACAUCAUUUUAACACGGGGCAACGAUGACCGGCCAACCAGAGGAACUACCGACAACGGAAAUUGCCCAGUUUGUGCACGACAUUCGACUGAGCAAAAUCGUCGGUUCCCACAAGCUUACAUCCCGGACGCUAGCGCUGCUGAAGAACCUCAUCAGCAAAUCGGAAUGGACCACUGCCGAGUGUCUCAUGAAGACCAUCCGCCGACAGGGACACUUUCUGGUGUCGGCCCUCCCCCAGGAUAUCGUAAUCGCCAACACGGUGCGUCGGAUUUUGAAAAUCGUCCGUGAAGAGUACGAUUCCGCCCAGCUGCGGAUUCACUUUGACGAUGCUCAGACUUCCCUGUCGUUGCACAAGCUGGUCACGCAAACCAGCGAACAGAAACGGGGCGACUAUUCGAAGCCCCAGGAAGGGUUGCGGGACGCGCUGUUGGAGCAUCUGAGCGAGAUCGAGACUGAACUGGAAACGUGUUCGGAAAACCUUUCCUCCCAGGCGACGGAACACAUCCACUCGUCGGAACUGAUCAUGACCAUAGGGCAUUCGAAGUCUGUCGAAAAGUUUCUGAAGAAGGCCGCGGAGAACCGGACGAUCGAGGUGAUUGUGGCGGAAUGUGCCCCGGCAUGCAAGGGACACCAGCUGGGGGUGAAUCUGGGCAAGGCCAAGAUUCAGACGACCGUUAUUCCGGAUUCGGCCAUCUUCGCGAUGAUGUCCCGGGUGAACAAGGUCAUUAUCGGAACGCACAGCGUGCUGGCCAAUGGAGGGCUGCGAGCGAUUUGUGGGGCGUAUUCGUUGGCACUGGCCGCCAAGCAUUUCUCGGUGCCGGUGAUCGUGCUGGCUCCGACCUACAAACUGACGCCGGUGCAUUUGUCCAACUACGAUCAGGAUGAUUUCAACAUUCUGGGCAAUGCGGAGGCGGUUAUUCCUUACAGUUCGCCGGCGGCUCGGUUUGCCAAGGCGUACAAUCCGGCGUUCGAUUACGUGCCGCCGGAGCUGGUGACGCUGUUUGUGACCAAUACUGGAGGUAAUGCCCCGUCGUACGUCUAUCGAUUGCUGAGCGAACUUUAUCACCCAGACGAUAACGAGCUUUAGGAUAAUGCGAAGCAGGACGACGUCCGUCCAAAAGGUAAAUCGAGAGAUAACAAAUGACACGCCAGGCACAUCAAAUUCUGAAGGUAAAGUUUAUUCACAUAACAAACAACUUAUCUAUACGCUAGGGUUUUCUGUUAUACAAUAAAUUACGUAUGUAUAUUAUUGAAAAGCCGA